UGUAUUCUCUUUCGAAGAGAAACGGACCUCUAUAGUCUAAACGUGUUGUUCUAGUAUCGUAUAAACCGCAAUCAAUAACACAAGGAUUAUAUUUAUUCUUGUGUAUCAACACCCCACUGAUAUUGAAGACAAUUAUAGAAGUACCAAAAGAUAAUUACAGUUUUAAUGGCACCAAUAGUCCUAGUUUAUCGAAAGAAGAGACUAAUCAGGGUUAUAUUAUGUUCUUGUACCUGUCUUGUGCUAUGUAACGUUUUAAACUACCUAGCUAAUCAUUGGUCAUCAUCUUCAGACUCUCACAUUGCAAUUAAGAGUGCCAUUUCACCAAGAGAAAACAACAUAUGUCCUGAUGUGCUGAAUGGCAUGGUGUAUGGUCGGUGGAAGCAUGACUUAAUGACCCCGGAACAGACUAAUGAAAUGAGAAUAUUUCUAGAAAGUGCAAGAAUUCAACAUGGAUUACCAAAAUCUUUGCAGCGAAAUGACUCAAAAUGCGGGUAUGCUACUUUCGAUAAAAGUAUCAGCCCUACAAUAGUAUAUUUCAGGGCUCUGUGUGACCCUUAUGGUCCCAAACCGUGUUGCUUUAAUAAUGAAUGUGUCGAUAAAACAACACCAGAAUGUCGUUGCAAGAAUUGCUUUGAUAUGCGACAGCCCCAUCAUGCUGAAUAUUCCGAAUGGAUACCAUACGAUCAACGAUGUCAAUUAAAGAAAUUUAACUACAAUGAAGUUUGUGAUCUUUUAAACGACGCUACUCUCUAUUUAAGUGGCGAUUCUUAUAUUCGUCACAUAUAUACAGAAUUACUUUUGUUCCUGCGUAACAAUACGUAUGAUGGAGCUUUAAAAAGGACAGUAUCAAAGGAUAUACACGAUAAAUGUACUGGUAUGUAUAUGUUUACAGAGAUGGCGUGUCGAGAAAACCUCGACUUCAGUACAGAAGAUUUAUGUGGAGGUAAACUGGAAUUAAAAUAUGAAAAGCACAUGUCGGCUGACUCUGGUCCAGAAUUUGCGUCGAGAGUAGAGACACUUAUGAAUAAACCAAGAUCGUUAGUUUUAUUUGGACUAGCAAUUCACAGCUUCUUUAAAUUUUCCAACAUCAGAGAUAAUUAUAUAUUACCGGCUUUAAACCGCGUACAAAAUAAAACAUGGCCCAAAUUUUUAUGGGCCACGCCUCAUUGUCCAGGAAUUUUAAAGAACGGUAAUAUCCAAGCCCAGGCGAAGCCAAAUGUUCUAAAAUUUAUGAAAGAAGCAGCAGACUUUUUAUCUCCUCUGAAAAUUCCAAUUUUUAAUAGUUAUAAUAUGACCGAGGGUAUGAUGAGUUUUGACGGAAAUCAUUAUGGACAUGGCAUGAAUUACUGGAAAAUUCAAAUAAUUUUUAAUUAUAUACAAGAAUUGAAAGACACGGGAAACUGGUAGCUGAUUAUUACUUAUAUUUAGAAAUAUAAUGGUACAUCGUAAAAUGAUCGCACAUUUUCUUAUUUUAGUUUUGGGCCACUUUCGUCAAUUUUCGGUUAUGCACGGGCACGAAAAGGAUAAUUCGGUAUUUAUAGUGAUGGCUAUAUAUAAGGCACGGCAAUCGUAGCAGAAGAUUAAGUGAAAUGUAUGGUGGCUGAUAGUGGCCAUGUUUUCAUAACGCAA